CUUCCUCCUUCCCUCCGUCCCGCCCUCCCUCCCGGCACCAUGCUGCCCGCCGCCCUCCUCCUCCGCCGCUCCAUCGCCGGCCUCCGCGCCGCCGUCCGCCGGCCCGCCGGCCCCGCAGCUGUGCUGCACGCCCGCUGCUACUCUCAUGGGUCCCAAGAGUCAGAUGAAGAAUUCGAUGCCCGCUGGGUGACGUAUUUCAACAAGCCAGAUAUUGAUGCCUGGGAGCUGAGGAAAGGCAUAAACACCCUGGUGGGUUAUGACCUGGUUCCUGAACCCAAGAUCAUCGACGCGGCCCUGCGGGCCUGCCGGCGGCUGAACGACUUUGCCAGCGCUGUCCGCAUCUUGGAGGUUGUUAAGGACAAGGCAGGACCUCACAAGGAAAUCUAUCCAUACGUUAUCCAGGAGCUUAGACCAACUUUAAGUGAACUGGGCAUCUCCACUCCAGAGGAACUGGGGCUGGACAAAGCAUAAACCUUCUUGGUGCGUUACCUGAGCGUUGUCCUGAUGCCACCUGCUUGUACCUUCUCACCUGGAGACACAGAUGUUAAAAUGUGACCUUCUUUGAAAUAACCUUCUCCCUUUAUCGAGCCGCCACGUGUGUGAGCGGGAAGUUGGACCUAAUAAAGGAGAAACUGGUUUGACUGA